AGUGAUAAUGGUGGAAAUGAGGAGGAAGAUGUAGAUGACAACGAUGACAACAACAAAGGUUUAAAGGGUGGAAAUGAGGAGGAAGAUGUAGAUGACAACGAUGACAACAACAAAGGUUUAAAGGGUGGAAAUGAGGAGGAAGAUGUAGAUGACAACGAUGACAACAACAAAGGUUUAAAGGGAAAAAGAAAUCCAAAAAGACCAUGUCCAUUUUGUGGUAUAUUUCAAAGUCGAUUAAGCAGGCAUAUUCUAACUAAACAUAGAGACAACGAUGAGGUAAAGGCAGCAAAGCAGCUUCCAGUAAAAGACAGAAAUCAGGUUUUAUGCAAUUUGAAAAGGAGAGGCUAUCACCAGUACAACUUGAUGCUGAUGAAAGAGGAGGACUUUGAUGUGAAUCAAAUAGUUAAGGAAAGGCAGGCAAGAAAACAGAGGGAAGGAAAUGCAAUGGAAAAUAGGGCUAUGUGUUCCUCAUGUCAGGGGUAUUUUGUAAAAGAACACUUGAAGAUUCACAGAAUCAAAUGUACAGCAGCAGAGGGAACAACAAUUACACCAACUGCAAUUCCACUUUCUGCUGUUAGAGAUGAUGGUUACUCUGAAGAAUAUAAGGCAGACAUCUUAAGUGGCUUUUUGGAUGACAGAAGUGGAACGUUUUGUAAAACUGAUAAAUACAUCAAAGACUUUGGUUUUCACAGUUACAGAAGAUUUGCAGCAAGGAAGGACAAAAACCCACAGAACCGAAAAAAUAUAAUGAAGCACAUGAGGAUGAUAGCAAAUCUUUUCUUUUGUUUUAAAAGCGAGGCAGCUAAAAUUGGCAUAGACAUAAAUGCAACAUUAGACAUGUUUAAAAUGGAACACUUUACCACUUUUAUGGAUGCUAUCCAUGUGAUGGCUGCAAAAGACGAUGGUGGUAUGAAAUCUGGAUUAAAAAAAAAUGUAGGUCACCUUUUAAAAAAUGUUAUUAAACACAUAAAAGGGCAGCAUUUGUUGCAGGGUAAGAAAGAUGAGCUGGUAAAAAUUGAGGAAUUCAAAACAUUAUUUGAUUACUACAAAAAGGAGAUAUUUGAUGGAGCUGAAUACAAUUGUAUAAAGAAUAGACAGGAAAACCUUAGACGACCACAAUAUUUACCUCUUGAUGAUGAUGUAAGAAAAUUGCGGAAUUACACUCUGACUGAAAUUGCACAGAUGGAUGACCCAUACAAGAUUUUAGAUAUGAAUGAAUAUCCCCGGCUUAGAGAUCUUGUGGUAGCCAGAAUAACACUGUUCAAUGCCAAGCGGGGAGGAGAACCAAGUAGACUUACUAUAAAGGAAUGGGAUGAUGCAAAAGAUGGUGUCUGGUUAGCUGAAACCCACAAGAAAAAAGCCAAAACAUCAGAGGAACUUGAAUUAUUUGAAAUUUAUAAAUUGUCAUAUCAGUCUGGCAAAAGUGUGUGCCAUAUGCUCCCAACACUCAUUCCGAAAGAUUCUUGGAAAGCUAUACAAAAGCUUACUGAUCCACAGAUAAGACAGAUGGCAGGUGUUAAACCUAGUAAUAUAUAUGUAUUUCCAAACAUCAAAGGCUCCAACUUUCAUGUUAAUGGAUGGAAUAGUGUAAACAAAGUAUGUAAGCAGGCAGGGCUGACAAAAGAGAUUAACGCCACCCAAAUGAGACAUUACAUGUCAACUGUGUUUGCAAACUUGGAUGUACCAGAGACAGACAGGCAGGCUUUUUAUAGACACAUGGGCCAUUCAGAAGAAAUCAAUAAAAAUGUUUACCAAUGUCCAUUGGCUGUUCAAGAAAUUACAAAAGUUGGAAAGUUUUUAUAUCUUAUGGACAAAGAUGGCAUUAAAGCUUAUCCUGACUCUCACUCAUCACCAGCAAAACUGCAAAAUGUUGGAGAAGGUAGUAUAUUUAAAGACAGUUAUGUAUGA